GAAAAAGAGCCUCAAGAAGAAGAAGUGCAUCUUCUUCAACAGGAAGACUCUUUAGUAUUUUCGCUCUCUCCUGCCUCUCACAGGGCUUCUCCUCAUGAUCUACAAGUUCAACCUGAGAGCAGGAGAAGUCAGAGUAGUUAUCAUCUCGAUGGACCUUCCGGUCAGCGUCAGGCUCAGGAGAUUGGUGGAGGACGAGAGCUUCUAAGUCACCAGACGGCGAGUGUUCCUUUCAUCUCUCCCAGUGAUUCAGUGAGCAACCGCAGUAGAGACCAUAGGUGGCAGCGAGUUGCGUUCGCUGACCGAGACGAUCCUUCUGUGCCAUCGAUGCACCUGCAUCCUCCUCAUUUUGACUUCGGCGACUUUUUAGGGACGCCAAGUAGAAUUUUCUCUAAUACUUCUGUUUCUGAAGUGGAUCAUCAUCUUCAGCAGUGUAGUACUACUUCUAGACAGAACCACAACCAGAGCGAUUUCAAUGAUGUUGAUGUUCGAUUCUUGAUGAAACGAGAAGAAGAAGGUAUACAUCUUGAUCUUGAAGACAUGGGGAACCAGCAUCGUCCGCUAGGUGAGAAUUCAUCUAAGAUUCGAGCUACAACAAGAACAGGUGUUGUGAGGGAAUCGUCAUCUCCACAUCAUCAGUCUUCUUCUUUUCUCUUUUAUCAAAGCGACCCAGAGGCUGAAAUACACGUGGCCGCGAAUGAAAAAAUAGGAACGCUGGAAAACGGACGAGUGGAUGCAACAUCAUCAAAUAACGCACAAGUUGUGAUAGAGCAACUAGAGACCAAAAGCGCUUCUCCACCUAGCACACGAUGGGACCCGAGACCAACAUCUUCGCUUCUUCUGGUAGAUGACGACGAGGGAUCACUUUCACUACAGCACCAAGAUGAGCAUAAUUUGCAGGAAGAAGAGCAGUACUCUACUUCUACGCGUUUUGCUUUUCGUCGGCGGUUCCGCGUUACGAAUCACCUGGCUAAAGAAUUCUUCUGUUUCCGCGAAGCAUUGCAAGCGAAAUUUGGACACUGAGGAAGCUUUUCUAACAGUGUACUGGUGAUGGGGGGUGAACAGGGGAGACGAGAUCAUAGUCACACAACUAGUUGUACAUACGAGGAAAUCCCCACACAUCAUAGAAAAAUAACAUUCAACAACAUGAUCAUGAAUAAUUUUCAUCUUUGCUGUAAUUCUUGGACAACUUUGGCACGGUUGCAAUACUAUGCGUUUAAAAUGUACAUCAAGUUGAACAACUCAGCAUAAACACGCACGAGACAUUACAACAUGUCGGACAAGGUCAUUCAUUGUCAUGCGCUUCUUUUGGUGUUGCCCAUUAU